AUGACGAAUUUCCGCGGUCCCAUUGCCGGAGCAGUGAAGGUGACAUUGGACAGCUUCGUAAACAGGCAGGCCAGCUUUCACACCUCCAAUUCUGCCUCGAGGAUACACGACAUCUAUCCUGACCAGGUCAAGGUGUACGGAGAAUCGCCUCCUUCCUCAGCUCCCUCAUCACCACCCACCCUCCACGCGGCCACCCCGGACGAUCUGUCCUACUCCUCAACGCCGGCCACAAACUUGUCACUGGCCGACGACGACGACGACACGCUGGAUCUAAUAUCUUCAAAACCACACAGCAGCUUCAAGCUUCCUGAUUAUAAUCAGUAUGAGGAGGACUUGGAGCCUCCCAGUCCCGGCAGCGGUUCAUUCACCCCAAACGGCAAUGACACAUCGGAAAAUACCUCGCGGCCAGACACUCCAGAUCUACCUCUACAACAUCCGGUAGAUGACAGCGCUGUCGGGGCGCAGCCGUCCCGUCAUGUCGACUAUCUGUCACACGACUGGAGGGAAGAGGAUAUAUGGUCAUCGUGGAAAUACAUCAUCUCAAAGAAAGGUGAUUAUAGUAAUGCCGCCAGAUUGGAGAAUGCAUCUUGGAGGACUUGGAUGAAGGCGAAAAAUAAGCUCAAGACUGUAUCGCCGGAGACAUUGAACUGGCUUAAGGAUUGUGAUGUCACCUGGCUUUACGGUCCUCUGCAGACGGGCAACAACAAUCUAAUGCCUCCGCAGACGAACGCGGGAAGUAGUGGGUUGUCAAAGUCCAACUCGUUCCUAGGAGCCCACAAGAAACCGAUCUUGAAGAAGAGAACCAUGUCGGAAGUGAUGCUUGCGAGGUCGCUAUCGGCAUCGUCUUUACUUAAACAGGCCGCUGCUGCCGUGCAAGCGCAGCAGCAUGAUGGCAGCAGGAAAACCGCUCGACCUAGACUUGAGCGAUCUGCCACAGACUACAUUACCUUUCCCUUCUCAUCACGGAGGAUGAGCGCAGAGAACACAAGCCGCCUGACGUCAGCGGUCUCGUCUGGAAUUAUCUCGCCGAGCGGCGAACGCAAACACAUUCAUUUCAAUGAACAAGUUGAGCAGUGCAUUGCUAUCGACGUCAAGGGCAAUGACGAAGAGGACGAAGUCGAGAACGAUCGCUUCACUUUUGAUGACAGCGACUCCUCUGAUGACGGCGCCAUAAUGAUGAAACGAACAGUCACCAAGAAGCGACGUCCCAUUCUGAAGAGGGCACACAGCGAUACCUCCAAGGCGGAAAGCAAGACCAUUGCCAUGCUGCCGUCAACAACCCUCAAGUAUAGGGAAGAUACGCCCGAACCACAAGAGACAGCGAUGAAACACAGCAACGCCCUCUACAGAAGCCCCAUAUUAUCGCCCUCUUCAUCCCAAGAAACGCUACGGCCUUCAAAAGCCUCGGGCAAGUUCUUCUUCAACGACGAUGAUGAAGACGAUGAGGAGGAUGAGGAAGAGGAGGACAACCGGUUCAGUGGUUUGCGGUCUCCCACAAAAUUUGGCAGCUCAUCCGGGUUACACCGGUCAACGUCGUCGGGUAGUCUGACGGCAGAACCGGCCGGUAUGCGGCGUACAGAAUCCGGCAUGUUUAUGCCCUAUGAAGAGGGCGAAUCGGCUGCGGCCACCGAAGGCAUCUUUGGCCGCGUCAUUGAUACGGUAAAUACGGCCCGCGACAUCGCUCAUGUCAUCUGGAAUGUCGGGUGGAGGAAGUGA